AUGUACAGCGACCUGCCCGCCCACCUGCAGACGCUCAACGCGCUGCCCUCGUCGAGCUCGCCUCCCUCCUCCUCGGCCAUCAACGCUGAGCAGGAGGAGCAGUUCUGGUCGUUCCUGAACACCGACGAGCUCUUCUCCAACUUUGGCCUUGCCCCUCAGGCUUUCGAGUCCAAGCAGGCCCAGACUGAGCGCAAGCCCGUCGAGACCCCCGAGGCUGCUCCUGCUGUCGUCGAGGAGACCGUCGAGGCCAAGCCCGCUAGCGGCACCGCUACCACCCUCGAGUCCUUCCUCGCUACCUUUGCCGGCGAGACUGCCAUCCCCUCGUCGUACCUCUCGGCCCUUGCUUCCCCUCUCGCGUCGACCUCGGCCGUCCGUCCCACCGACGUCCUCCCCUCUGCCCCCGUGUCGACUCCCGCCGACACCCCCGCCGACGACGACGACUCUCCCCGAGUGACCGGUGCGAAGCGUCUCAAGAUGAUCGGCGCUCCCCCCGCUGAGAUUGAGGAGGACAAGAGGAGGCGCAACACCGAGGCCUCGGCCCGUUUCCGCGCAAAGAAGAAGGAGCGCGAGCAGGCUCUUGAGAACCGUGCCAAGGAGCUCGAGGCCCAGGUCGCCACCCUCGCCGCUGAGAAGGCCUCGCUGGAGAAGGAGAACAACCUCCUCAAGUUUGUCAUUGUCAACGGCCAGGGCAACGGCAACGCCAACCCCGCCGCCGCUACCACCACCGACGGCCUGCAAGCUGCCAUCGCUGCCCUCGGCAAGAGGAAACAGCGUGACGAGUAA